CACAAGACCUCUGAAGGUGUGCUGUGGUAUCUGGCACCAAGAUGUUAGCAGCAGAUCCUUUAAGUCCUGAAAGUUGUGAGGUGGGGCCUCAAUGGAUCGAACUUGUUUGUCCAGCACAUCCCACAGAUGCUCGAUCGGCAUGAAAUCUGUGGAACUUGGAGGCCAAGUCACCACCUUGAACUCUUUUGUGUGUGUAAUGUUAAUGAUGGUACUCUUAGUCCCUGACUCAGUGAACUAGCUUGAGGAUGUGUUGUUUUUGAUAGAGACUUCAAAGCACUUGAAUGUAUGUUGCUCUGGACAAGGACAUCUGCUAAAUGCUGUAAAUGUAAAUAUCACUGUUCAUCAAUUCCAUUUAACAAGAUAAAUUUAAACCUUAUAAUAAGUUGUCAUAUUUUUUUUUAUUUUUUUUUUAGAUGUUUAUAAUGUUGCAGGACUCCAUAAAGACUCUCUUUUCAUUCUGCACUCCACACACUGCACUUUGCAUUGUUACUACACGUAAUAUAACUGCAUAUUUUGUACAUGACUAUUUUUUGCACAUUCCUGUAAAAAUAUUUCUUAUUUUUUAUUUAUUAUUAUUAUUAUUAUUUCUUACUCAUUUGCUAUUUUUAGUUGUAUAAUUUUUAAUGCACAGUGUAAGGUGGAGUAAGCCAGGUUUUCAUUUCACUGCAAGUUAUAUACUGAACAUAACUGUGUACGUGACAUAAAAAAUCUUGAAAACUAUAAAGUGUAUUUGUGGUGUUAGUGUGCUUCAUGUGCCAUCUACAGGCGCGAGAUCAUAACUACAGGACCUUUUCAUUUUGUCGUGACAACACGAUGUUUUUUUCUCGUAAUAGCACGAUAUUUUUCUCGUUAUAACGAGAUACUGAUGAGGAUUUUUUUGCAGCACAGAGCUUCAGUAAACGUGGCAUCGGGGUGCCUUUUCAUGUGAACAAUACAAACAGGUGACGGUGAUGAGGCGGUCUUACCACUGGAUGGCAUAACUGAGCUAAACCGGAAGUAUUCAAGUGCGCAUGUCCAAACGGUCGCGCGGAUAAUUCGAGUUUUAUUUGAAUCCGAGUGAAAGAGAAUUAUGUAGUGCAUACAAUGGCGGAUUUAUCUGACCUGCCUGGGUUAUCUUCGGAUGGAUUCAGAGAAUCAUUGGUGUCUUCAGGCUCUGGUUUGAGCAAUAGGAGUUUACGUGUGGCAGAAAAUGUGAGAAAGAAAGGCGAGACCAACCCGUUUCAACUUGCGUUGAAUUAUCUUUCAAACGUGCAGGAAGGCACAGUUGUAAGAGGCAAUGAUGAACUAGAAAGGAACUUGGUUGUGGUGGAGACUGUUGCUCUCCGUCAUGGUCUUUCACCAGAUGCUAUCUCGUUGCUUCUGGACUUGGCACUAAGUCUCCGUGCAGGUGGUGUGAACUGUUUGCGGAUUUUUAAGUUUUUGAUACCUGCUUCAGUAGUGCCACAGGAAGCCAUUGUACGAUGUGUGUCAUGGCUGUGCGUGGGGAAAAUGACAAUUAAUGCUCAGGUCCUUUUUCUUCGCUGGGUUCUUACUGUUUUUGACCUUAUUGACUGCAAAGACCAGCUGAGAUCCAUCUAUGGCUUUAUUUUCAGCUUUGUGACUGAAGAAAAUCUGUGUCCUUUCAUCUGCCACUUGUUGUACCUUUUAACAAUGAAGGAGCAUGUGCAGCCAUACAGAGUGAGAAAACUGAUGGAUAUUCAGGCCAAAAUGGGCAGACAGCCUUUCCUCAUGCAGCUACUUGCUGUGUUCAAAGUCUUUCGGCCAGAGCUGGUGACACUCUCCGUGCCAUCAAGAAUGAAGACUGGCUUCAAGAACUAUAAUUCCACCUGGAAAGCAGCUCUGAGUGCUGUUCAGAAGAAGAACAGGGCUGAAGUUAUGGCUGAUCUUAGGCUCAGUGUGGAGCUGAAAGGCAAACCCACUUCCAGAAAAAGGAAAUUGCAUCAUCUGGAGGUUCCUGGCUUUAGCUCAGCAUUUGACACUGACUCUGAGAGGAAAGUCUGCCGUCUACAGGAAGUGCGAUCUUUCACCCAGCUCCUGCAAAACAUUCACAACAUAGAGCUGCCGACCCAAAUGGGCUCUUUGCUUGGAUCUUCUUUAGCCCUGCACUACCUGGAUUGUGUACAGGAUGAGUCUGCAUUCUUGCGCCUUAACUUCUGGCUUGGGCACGCCCUUCAAGAGGAGUUUCUGUUAUGUCCUGAAGAGGGGGGCUCAGACAGCCUUUCCGAGGCAUCUGUAUUCCUGAGUACCAUCCUUUCCUCGCAACAGUUUCUCCAGGAGGGUUUCUUCAGCACAGAGAGUUUUCUCUACAAGUUCCUGAGUGUGUGGGAUGGCUCACUGCUGUGCUCCCAGAUUUUGGAUCUUCUCAGCCACAUCCCCCUGAUAUCCAGCAGUUACUUAAGAGUGCUUGUCUUUGAGCCACUGAUUCAACUAUAUUUCACCUCUAAUGUAUUCUUUAAGUGCAGCAUCAUUGAGUGUCUGAACAGUAUGCUGCAUAAAUGGCUUACUUGGCAGUCUGUUAACCCUUUAGACGAGUGCAUAGACCUCAGUGUCAACACCAACAACACAGUAACUAUGACCCUAUCUGGGUUUAUAGAUGCAGUCACUGAGCUUGUGAGCUUUGUGGGACGCCUUGCUACUGAGGGACUGCGUCUGGAGAACUGCCACAUCCUACUCCUCAACCAUACACUCAACUUCUAUGAGACGGUGUGUGAUAUGUUGGUGAAGUACGCCUUGCCUGUAGUUAUCAUGCCCCCAGCUGGUGUGUUUUAUCCGGCUCUCCUUGCCACCGACUCACUCACUGUGGAUCGAUUGGGUUAUAUCAUGUACAGAUACCGGACAAAUCUGGCUUUGGCAAAAAAACAGGAGCAGAAAAAUGAGAACACCUUUCACAUAAGUAGGACAACGUACCAAGAUUUCAAUAAGCAACUUGUGGCCAUGGUGAACUGUCUGUGGAACUCCAAACCAUUCUUGCCUGGCACAACCAGUGAAAUUGAUGCGCACCUGCUUAUCCGGAGUAAGGUACCUGAAUACUGGAGCCACUUUGAUCUUGUUCACCAUCCAGCCUUCUUCAAGUAUGCCAUUGAGUUUCACCAGAAGUGCUGGCCAGAGAGGAUGUGUAUGGACCUGGCCUCCAUAAAGGUUGGAAGAUACAGGAGCUGGUAUAUGGAGUUUCUUUUCUGCCAGGGCUUUGACGGCCUAAAUGACUUCAUCCAGGUCAACACAGGACAGAGCAGCUCCUCCGGCUCUAGUUCCCUGUGAGUUGGAUGGUCAAUGGCUUGAGGAUUAUGUCUUGCAUGGGAAACUGCACAGAGACGACGAUUCUUUGUUUGAAAGGUCAUGUACAUAGUUUAUGGACGUGUGGAGGAUACCACAAUGGAACUGUAUAUAAACUUGUAUAUUAUUUUUGUUGUGUGUGAGAAGAGCGUUUGUAACUAUAUGCUUUUGUUUUUUGUCCUUUUUGCAAUCUGUAGCUUAUGAUUAUUUUUAUUUCUGCUGUCUCACUUCCAUCGCACAUGUAUUUUUUUAAAUGUAAUCUCUGAAAGAUUGCAGUGCCUAAUGAAGCCUGUCUUUCAUUUGACCAUAUGAUGCUCUAAUUGUAUGCUGUUUAACUGGUGCAUUUUCAUACAAACUCUUGUUUGAACAAUGAAUUAUGAUUAAGUUUUGAACUUUCAUUUAUAAAUUUUUUUUUUCUUCCAAUUUGACUAUAUUUUCCUCUGGAAAAAGUAAUACCGUUUCUUUAGAAUGCUAUUGAUAAAGCCAUGAUAUAAUUGCAAGUCCCAGAAGUGAAUGAACAGUAAAAUGGUAAUUUUGUAGUUGGAAAUGCACUCUACAGGAAUGGAUAUUGCUGUGUUCAUUUGUCCUCAACUUGUAAUUGCACACCAUUUCCAUCCGUUCAACUACAGUCUUCCAUAAAUUUAUUAAAACUUAUAGUCUAAUGGAAAUUCCAGUCGAUCAACAACCAAGUUAUUCAUGAGGCACAUCUAGUUGCAGCUAUUAAAAUGUCAUGUAUGAUCUCUAAUGGAUUGUAAUUGGCAAUCUGGACAUGAUAUAAGAGCUUCAGUAAACAAUAUAAGAUUGUAAAUGAGCAGGCUUUGUCAACCGAAAGUCUUUUCAUUCUUUUUCUUUUAUAUAUAGUUAUAUAUUAUAUUAAGUAACGUGCUUUGCCUAAUUUAAGUAGUUUUUAUUAUUUUAUUUAUUCAUUCAUUUUAUUUAUGGUGCCCUAUAACUGAUCUGCUUGCAAGUAUUUAUGAUUUAUUUUCUAUCAGCACUGUGUAAUGAACUCCGGAAAUCCACAGCUAUAUUUCCCCCGUCAGUGUUGAGAGGUUGGUGCGCGCGCCUCUCGGUUGUAACAGUCCGGUAUUCAGCUCGGUUCAGUUCAGUGGAGAAACAUGUAAUCAGCUGUUCAUGCUCAUUUUACUGAACAGCAAGUCCUCAGCGCUAAUGCCGGUGUGGAAAUUAUGAUAAUGGUUUCCAGUCUUCAGCUUUCAGCCGGUCGUGGAGGUCAUCUCUAGCGCAGGAUAAUAAGGCGGACAUCUCUUGGACAUUUACUCGCCUUGGUGGAGGAGGUAAGACUUCAUAUUAGUAAGUGUAUUUAACUACACCGCGACGUGUUAAAUCAACGAGCCUGUACGGAUGUUCUCUCGUUAUCCGGGGCGCUGAAGGAGACGGGAGAUGGACGACAGUCAGGGCUCGGUGUGUUUGUAUUAAACAUCCUCCCGCCGGAAACCGACAUGAUCGCUUGUGCGAGGAUUAUCAUGAUCUUCCACCGAGUCUCACUUUAUAAUCCCGGUAAUGUGCUCGAACAGCUACAUGCACAUGUCCUCUGAUGUACAUGUAUGUGGGAAAUGUAGUGUGAAUUGGACUGUUUGUGUCCAGACACUGGAUCAGCUCGGCUCUGUGCGGGUAUAAACGCUGCUGCAGAUUCAGAUUUAUAAACGUCCACGACUUUUGGAGAUGGUCCGGGUGAUUUAUUAUGUAAAUUAAAAAUCAUAUCGCAGAUGUAUGUGUUGUGAAUCCCUUCACAACAGGUUCUCUUUUUUUUUGAAGGUUAUCGCAGCUGAUCAGGACCCAAAUUAGCUUCUUCAGCAUCCUUUUCCAUCAGAAUGGCAGUAUUUCCUCCAAGACUCCGCUGGUG